CCUUAAGCUUCCCCUUCAAAUAAGCACAUCAUCAAUGGGUUUAAUACAAUUGUUCUGGAAAUUGACAUUUCAAAACUGUGUUUCUGUUCAUACAAAAUGGAGCAAUUGAUCAAGCAAACUAACAGGGUGAGAUUUUCUGCACAGCAAAGGGAAGAAGCACUGAGCAGCGCUAGAGAACGAAGAGUUCCACUCCAGAAAGCGCCAUCUUUCAAAGAAGAAAAGAAGAGACCUCAAAACUGGUUCCGUAGACAGAUAUCUUGGAAAAUGAAUCAAGAUUAUGAUUUCAAUGAAAUAGAACGGGCAACUGCUGUAGCAGCAGCUGCAUGUGCUAUUGCAUCAUUAGAAGAGUCCAGUAGUACUCAAGAACAAAAAAAGAUCAGAACUGAACCUUCUCUGCCCCGAAAUAAGAGCAGAAAGGAAGUUUCGAGACCAGAACCUGCUAAAGAUUUAUCAAGGAAUCAAGAAAGCAAAGUUCCAGAACCUUCUGCAACAGAAGAAAAAUCACCAGUCAAGAUUGUUGGUCCUGCUUCAUUUAAGAAAAAGAUUCAAACUGUUUCUGAUAAGCCUGAUAUACCAAUGAAAAAGAUUCGAACUUUUGCUGAAGAGCAAUUGAGCAGAAAUGAUGACAAACAGCCUAAAGGUCUAAACAAGAAAACGGAUUUUCCUGCCGCUACAUCUGAAAUUGAAGCACCAAAACCUGACUGGAAUGUUCCAGCUUAUCCUGCUAGAUCACCAGCUAAAGUUGACAGGCAGACUUCAACAAAACUUGGAAUCGAAGGAACAGAAGCAGAUGCUUGGGAGACAGCUAAACUUGCAAAGAUCAAAGAGAAGCAUGAGGCAGUGGAAGCCAGAAUUCUUUCUUGGGAGAGCAAGAAGAAGACUAAAUCCAGACAUCAACUGGACAAAUCAGAGGGUGAUCUGGAGAGGAAAAGGUUCAAGGCCUUGGAAAAAUUCCGCAGCGAGGUGGAAGAUAUCAAUCAGAUUGCUGAAGGAGCAAGAUUAAAGGCGAGGAAAGAACGAGAACAUGAAGAGUUGAAGGCAAAGGAAAAUGCAGAAAAUAUUAGGAAAACUGGAAAAGCUCCUACCACCUGUUUCUGCUUCUGAAUCUAAUUUUCUUCAUCAGAUAAUCAAUUCCUUGCACAUCUCUGUGUGUUACGAGUCGCAUUCAUCACACAAACAAUGUACAGACUGCAGAACAAUUUGGAAAUCUGUCCUACAUAUUGCAAAAUAUUUUAAGCCGCAAAUUUAAUUGAGAAAGUGUAAUGUACAGUUUAUGUAAACUUAAUUUGGUAGUUCAAUAUUAAGCAUUACAAACUACACCCUAA